CACCCCCUCUCCCCCCGCCUCCUCGGCCUCCCCCACUCCCUGGCGGCGCGUCACUUCCGGGAUCCGGCGUCACGCGUCACCGCGCCCCCGCGCCCCGCCCCCUUGCCCACCUAGUGGGCGGGGCUCGGCGCCGCUGUGCAGGUGAGCCAGUUUGGCAGAGGGGAGCCCAGGCGUGCGGAGCCGAGCCUGGCGCAGGCGCGGUCUACGCCUAGCGGACCCGCCCAUUCGACAGGUGGCAGAGAUCGGAGGCGACACACCUGCUGGAGCUUCCCGAAGUGCUCGCCUUCGCAAAGGUUUGGGACCUCAUGGCACUGAAAAUGCGGUCAUUGUUCCUGGCACCGUAGAAAGAAAAGAAAUGGGGGUAACGCGUACCUCUGUUUUCAACUCCAUUCAAAACGCACAGAUUCAUUACGGGAUAGGCGCGGAGAUCUAGAACCAGACUUGAAAAAUCCCGCCCUCUGGUGCCUCCUGGAGGGAAGACCGGAGAGUUUUACUUCUGCAGUUAGACUGGCAUUGUGGCACCUGCCAUUUGUCCCAGCAGUCGAGAAGCAGAAGCCGCUGGUUGCAUCGCUGUGAGUUUAAGAACACUAGCCUGUUCUGACGCGAGGCAGGUGGCCAAUAGUUGAAGUGUUGAAUGAAACCAUUGGAUACUUUCUGUUGGCGUUAGAGAUGCUUGCGAAACAGAAGGGAAACUUCCCUGGUGGACACAAGCCGGUGGUCUUAGUUCUUUGGGAAAUCCGAGGUUAGGUCGCUGCCGGAAGCUGCUCAGUCCAUGGCAACAACAAGCAGCGGGACCGAGUUCUCUCCCUGUUCCCCGACUUUGAGCUGAAGGAGUAAAGUUAAAGAAGGGUUAAUUGGCAUUACAUUCCCAGGAAGGAGAAGAAAAAGGAGGAAAAAGAAGUCUCUCUGGAAACGAAUUACGCUCUUUCAAAAACGCUUCUGCCCCAAAGCGGAGGAUUUAGACUUCUACAUUUCUUUCACAUUAAAACAAAUUCCAUUUAUAUGAAUCCCCUGGGCGACCAACGCGCUUCUGGGAAUGACCCCUCCCAGGAUCCGUGGGCGUGACGUCAUCAGGGCGCGACGACGAGCCCUCAGCUCCAACUCUGCCACAGCUCCUUCUCCCGGCGGUGUUGACAUCGCCUCUGACCCCCUGCUCUCGCGAUGGACAACCUCGGGGAGUCUCCCACGGACAAAGGCGGGGAGCCAGGGGAGUCAGAGGAGACGAGGGCUACUCCUGGGGCUCCGGUGGCAGCCGACACUGAGGGAAUCCCGGAGGAAACCGACAAGGAUGGAGACGCGGACUUGAAAGAAGCCGCGGCGGUGGAAAGCGAGCUCAAGAGUCAGGAUGUCUCAGAUGUAACAGCAGCCGAGAGGGAAAACUCGUCCUUACUUACUCCUGCAGCCAAAAAGCUGAAACUAGACAUUAAGGACAAGAAAGAGAAGAAGCAGAAGGUGGACGAAGAUGAGAUUCAGAAGAUGCAAAUCCUGGUCUCUUCUUUUUCUGAGGAGCAGCUGAACCGUUAUGAAAUGUAUCGCAGGUCAGCUUUCCCCAAGGCGGCCAUUAAAAGGCUGAUCCAGUCCAUCACUGGCACCUCUGUGUCUCAGAAUGUUGUGAUUGCCAUGUCUGGCAUUUCUAAAGUUUUUGUCGGGGAGGUGGUGGAAGAAGCCCUGGACGUGUGUGAGAAAUGGGGAGAAACGCCACCCCUGCAGCCCAAGCACAUGAGGGAGGCUGUCCGGAGGUUGAAGUCCAAGGGGCAAAUCCCCAGCUCAAAGCACAAGAAAAUCACCUUCUUCUAAAUCUAAGGGAGGCUGUCCCAGGCUUCUCAGAGUGGGCUUCUGUCCUGGGGCUUCCCAGGGCACAGGAUGCUGAUUUUAAUGUUUCGGUCACACCUACAAGGCAUGCAGUGUGACUCAGACUUGCCUUCACUCAGUCAUGGACUGUCCUCAGGCAUGUUGAAGAUUUUUACUGACUCUUGGCUAGUUUGAAGAAAAAAUAUACAGGGGCCUUUAGUAUCUUCUGGUGAAGGAGAUGGUUUCAGAGAAGAACAGAACAACUCCAGUGGCUUCAUAUUGAAACCUAAAGUUGCUAAGAUUCAGGCUGUUUCUUGCUCUGGUUUUCAAAGCAUAAACUUGCGAUUAUCUGCGGUGAAGUCACCGUGCCGCGCUUCUCACCAGUAACAUUUCCGGUUCUCCUGUGGAUUUUCUGAGGGAGGGAUCAUUAAACUUAUCCAGCCUGUGUGGGAAAGUUUAUUUUAUUGUGUUGCAGACAAAACUCAUUGUUCUUCCUAUGUUGAAAUAAAACUUGGCUUUUGUUUUUCAAGACA